AUGGUUUUACAGAAGCCCUUAGACAGAGAGAAAGAGGAGACUCACACUCUCAUGUUGAUUGCUUCAGAUGGCGGUUAUUACACCAUAGUGACAGACAACUACUUAGACAGAGAAAGUGUUCCUGAAUAUAAUGUUACCAUAACAGUGUCUGACCAAGGCUCUCCUCCUCUGUCUACUAGUAAAAACAUCAACAUUAAAAUAUCUGACGUGAAUGACAGCCCACCCAAAUUCCAUCAGUCAGAAUACAGUAAGACUGUACCAGAGAACAACUCUCCUGGUUUUUCAGUGUUUACUGUCAGUGCUAGUGAUGCAGACUGGGGCCAGAAUGCUCGAGUGUCUUACUUCCUGGAGGAGAAAGAGAUUAAUGGAGUAGCUGUGUCUUCCUUUGUCUCAGUCAAUUCAGAGAACGGUGUCAUCCACGCAGUCCGCUCCUUUGAUUACGAACAAAUCAAGUCCUUUGUCUUUAACGUUACUGCCCGUGAUGCUGGAUCUCCUCCUCUGAGUUCUGUGGCCACAGUUAGCAUCUUGAUCCAGGACCAGAACGACAACGCCCCUCAGGUGCUGUACCCGGUCCAGACAGGUGGUUCUGUGCUGGCUGAAAUGGUGCCUCGUUCAGCAGAUGUGGGCUAUCUGGUGACUAAAGUGGUGGCUGUUGAUGUGGACUCUGGACAGAACGCUUGGCUUUCCUAUAAAGUGCACAAAGCCACAGACAGGGCGCUGUUUGAAGUGGGCCUACACAAUGGAGAAAUAAGAACUGUCCGCCAAGUCACUGAUAAAGAUGCUGUCAAGCAAAGACUGACUGUUCUAGUGGAGGACAACGGGCAGCCCUCUCGUUCAGCUACAGUCAUUGUUAACGUGGCGGUGGCAGACAGCUUCCCUGAAGUGCUGUCAGAGUUCACUGACUUUAGCAUGCAUGACAAGGAGUACAAUGACAAGCUGACUUUUUACUUAGUCUUGGCUUUGGCUGUGGUGUCCUUCCUCUUUAUCACCUGCUUGCUGCUUAUCAUAUCAGUCAAAGUGUACAGGUGGAGACAGUCUCGCAUCCUGUACCACUCCAACCUCCCUGUCAUUCCAUAUUAUCCACCACGUUACUCAGACACUUUGGGGACAGGGACUCUCCCACACGUGUACAAUUACGAGGUGUGCAGGACCACUGACUCCAGAAAAAGUGACAUGAAGAACAUGCAAGACAUGAGUCAAAGUUUAGUGAGUGUGGAUGGAGCUGAUGCUGAUACGCCGCAUGUGGCCAAGCAGCUGUCAGGAAACUGUGGUCAGAUUCGUUAUUCUAUCCCCGAGGAGAUGAAGAAAGGCUCGAUUAUUGGUAAUGUGGCACAAGAUCUUGGUUUGGAAGUGAAAAGACUCAUUUCUGGGCGGGCCCGUAUUUUGACAGAAGACAACAUCCAGUACACCGAGCUGAAAACAGACAAAGGGGUUCUAGCUGUCAAUGAGAGAAUAGACCGAGAGCAGCUUUGUGGAGAUGUGACGCCAUACUACGAAAAGGAUCGAAAGUAUGAAGUGAGGGUAGAAGCAAAGGAUCAAGAAACUGGUGUUCUCAGUGCAGUUCGAUCAUUUGAUUAUGAGCAAAUUAAACAUGUAGACUUGGUGAUCAGAGCUCAGGAUGGAGGCUCCCCUCCUCUCAGCAGCAACGUUAGUGUUCGCAUCCUGAUCCAAGACCAGAAUGACAACACCCCCCAGGUCCUGUACCCGGUCCAGACAGGUGGCUCGGUGCUGGCUGAAAUGGUGCCUCGUUCAGCAGAUGUGGGCUAUCUGGUGACUAAAGUGGUGGCUGUUGAUGUGGACUCUGGACAGAACGCCUGGCUCUCCUAUAAAGUGCACAAAGCCACAGACAGGGCGCUGUUUGAAGUGGGCCUACACAAUGGAGAAAUAAGAACUGUCCGCCAAGUCACUGAUAAAGAUGCUGUCAAGCAAAGACUGACUGUUCUAGUGGAGGACAACGGGCAGCCCUCUCGUUCAGCUACAGUCAUUGUUAACGUGGCGGUGGCAGACAGCUUCCCUGAAGUGCUGUCAGAGUUCACUGACUUUAGCAUGCAUGACAAGGAGUACAAUGACAAGCUGACUUUUUACUUAGUCUUGGCUUUGGCUGUGGUGUCCUUCCUCUUCAUCACCUGCUUGCUGCUUAUCAUAUCAGUCAAAGUGUACAGGUGGAGACAGUCUCGGAUCCUGUACCACUCCAACCUCCCAGUCAUUCCAUAUUAUCCACCACGUUACUCAGACACUUUGGGGACAGGGACUCUCCAACACGUGUACAAUUACGAGGUGUGCAGGACCACUGACUCCAGAAAAAGUGACAUGAAGAAUAUGCAAGCCUUGAGUCAAAGUUUAGUGAGUGUGGAUGGAGCUGAUGCUGAUACAUCGCAUGUGACAAAGCAGCUGUCAGGAAACUGUUCACAGAUGUCAACUUUGUGGGGAUUGUACCACACCUUCCAAUGGUGA